AUGUGGUUAAACAUCAGCAAUGCAUCAUCAUUCUCAAACGAAAGUUGUUGUACGAACAUAACCAACAACACUAUUUUGAACAGCCCACAAAACUCAGAAAAACAACUUCUUAUCAUUGCUCUUCCAAUUAUCGUACUCGUUGGAUUAAUAGGCAACACGCUUUCCUUCAUUAUCCUUCUAAGCAAGCCAAUGAGGAAAACAUCAGUUUAUUUUUUUCUUGCAGUACUCGCAGUAUCUGAUACCAUGGUUUUACUCUUGAGUGCAUUCAAAACUUGGAUCGUCCUCAUAUCAGGAAUUGAACUUCUUCGACUAUCUAAUGUAUCUUGCAAAAUAAUUUUCUACUUGACAAACAUAUCAUAUCAUACCUCAGCAUGGAUUAUCGUUCUCGUCACAUUUGAUCGAUUUGUGGCAGUCUGGUUGCCUCUCAAAUCGGCCUCCAUAUGCACAGUCAGAAGAGCGAAAAUUGCAACAGUGGUUCUCACUGUCGUCAUGGCCGCUUAUAAUUCUUACAUACCCAUACUCUACAGUCUCCAUCCGGUUGAGACUGAAGUCGGCACAACUGUCUACAGAUGUCAGUCACCUAACUCCUAUGUGACGUUGGCACUCAACCUCACCAUCAUUCGUUCCAUCACUUAUUGCUUCGUACCAUUUAUCGUCAUUUUCAUUUUCAACAUUUGUAUUGACUUCAAAUUAAGAAAAAUUCCCAAAAUUACACUUCAUCAAACGUUUUCAAGCGCUGCUUCCUCAAAAGACAACAAACCAACAAAAAAUAGAAACAAUUUAGCAGCUGCCACAGCUGAAACAGCGGACAAAACAUCAAUAACAACUUGCUUCGAUGAUGACACCAGUGAAAAAAAUAUGACGAAUUUUAUUAGCAGGAGUCCGGCUGUAGCAAUAAAAUAUAAAAAUAAGAAGAAAAAAUCAAAAAAUGAUCAAUCAAAUAACUUGUCAUCAAAAACGCAGAGAAGCCACCAGACUAAGUUGACUCGUAUGUUGUUCGCAAUCUCCAUUUCGUGGCUGGUUCUCACUGCUCCAUACUCCCUUCAUUCACUUUUCACUUUGCUUUUUUCAAAGCAAGACGCAGUUGCCAAACCGAACGAGACGAAAAUAAAACAUUCAAACAAGCAAUCAAUGAUCCUGAUAAAGGCGGUAUGCUUCAUGCUGUACUACAUCAACCACUCCAUCAACUUCUUCCUCUAUUGUUUGGUCGGCAAGAAGUUUCGGACCAGGAUGAAAUCGUUCUUUUACAAAUGCUGCUCGAAGAGGUUGUCCCAUUCAACUUCCGUUCGAACAAUGAAAAGUCACUUCUUUGAAAUGGAUCAAAUGCACCAGAACUCGAGCAAGUUCACUUCUAACAAAAUCAACUUGGCAGCUAGAUAUCUCAUCGACAACAAUGACAUCAACAAUGGUGUCAACAACGACAUCAACACCGAAAAUAACAAUGCCAAUAACAAUAAUAUUAACAACGACAUCAUAAAGGAAACGAGCAGCAAUAUUAACGAUAAUGACAUCAGCAACCAGAGUAGGCAGCAGGCAAAUGAAAUGGAUGACAUCCUGUUAGAAAUAUGA